UAUCUCGCGAACUAAACCGUGCGCAAGAUAAAAAAAACAAAACAAAACAAAAAAAAAAAACGUUUAAUAAGGAAUAAUUUUGAGUUGCCCCAUUCUUUUAAUAAAUUAAACUGAAAAAAUAUUAUGUUUAAAUCCACCGUCUUUGUUAAUUAUAUUUAACAAAGACGCUUGAACGUAUCAACCUGUUGCUACGUAACACGGCGUAAACUGAGGGAAGACCGUUACAUGGCGACGUCUAGAGACUAAUCAAAAUUAAUAAAUAAAAUAACAGGCUAAAAACAAAGGAAACGCUUCAACUGGCAAGUUGGUUAAUUAUUUCCAACAAAUUAAAAUAAUUAUCUAUUUGAACAAUUUACUUCUGGGUGCGUCAACGUGUUGCUUAGCAACAAGAAGAAAACAAAAUUACGUAUGUCUUGGCUGUUUCGACUGAACAUUGAUUAAAAGAACAGUAACAUUCUUUUUAAUUAUUGUCAUUGUGUUCCAACAGUCUAAAUUGCAGCAACAUGGACAUGGACAUUGACUCUGAAUCUUCCUCGACGGAUGACGACACUCUGGAGAUUGAUUUUCUCCAACAUCUCAGUGAAAAAGAAAAACAGGCCCUACACAACAACAAUCUUGAGAGUCUCGACCAAAGUGAAUGCGUCAGUUUAUGCGUAGAAUUCAAAGAAAUCUCCAAGAUGGAGUUCCUACGUGAUUUUACAUCUCUGGUAAGGCUGGAUCUUAAUAACAACCUCAUCGAGAAGAUCUGGGGCCUGGACCAUCUGACUAAUCUAACCUGGCUUAAUCUGUCGUUAAACAGGAUCAAGAACAUUGAGGGUCUGGAGUCUCUGAGGAAACUUCAAUUGCUGAAUUUGUCCAACAACCAAAUCUCUCUCCUUGAAAACAUGGAUACACUUGAGAACCUCAGUCACUUCUUCAUUUCAAAAAACCUCAUAAGACAGAAGGAGGCCGUGCUCUACCUCAGGAGGUUUAAAAACUUGUUCAAACUCUCUAUCGCUGGAAAUCCUUUCAACGAGAAGGACAAUCACUCGUUUUAUAUUGCUGCCUUUCUCCCAAACGUGAGGCUCUUAGAAAACAUUUUAAUUGGCCAAAAGUUGAGAGAAGAAGCCUCCAUCAAAUACCAAGAUGAGCUCAAGGAGUUAGGAGUUCAAGAGUCGCAGGAACAGCAACACGCUAAUGGGUUCGAGCAACACCAGGAUGCGUUUGUAGACAAUACUGUAAUGAAAGGCAAUGCAGAGUCAAUCAAGCCACAAUGCCUUCCAGGAGUGGCUCCUGCACUUCAGACAUUUAAGAGUCAAAUGACAGAGCUGUGUUCGCAGAAAUUUGCCAUAGGCUCAGCUGAGCACCAACAAAUGGAGGCAGAGUUGAACUCUUUCAUCUGUGGCCAACUUGAGACUAAGGCUUACUACCAGCAGAGGGUGGCACAGAUUCUAGGAGAGUUUGAGGAACAGCAGACACAGAGGAGAGUCACAAUAAAGAGGCUAGAAGACCCAGAGGUAAAAAAGAUUCAAAUCAACAACUGCAUGGAUGAAAUCUCGCAGCUCUACAAAAGCCUCUUCACUCUGGAGUUUGAAUUGAUCGGAAAUCUAGACGUAAGAUUACACGAGAUUCUCUUUGUUUAUGAAAUAAUUUACUUUAGCCUCUGCUGUUGUGUCUUUUUAUAUCAGGACAAUAUCAAACAGUUUGACAGCUACCUCUCUGACAUGCUGUUUACAAGCAACGAUUCAGCCGGCCAUGAUGACCCCCUGGAGACAACUGAUGACGCAGAAAUCCAGAUGGUUACACAAGUCAAUGACUUGAAAGCAGCUCUCAUUAACAAAAUUCAGGAAAAAGAGGAAAAGAGGAAUCGCAUGCGGAUCUCUGAAAUCCAACAAUAUGUCGACUAUCUGAGGAAACAGCUGGAAGAUUUCAUUGCACCAGAGGCCUCUCCAUAACAGUCAUUCAUUUUGUCGCCCCAUUUUUUUGUUAAAAUCCUUGAGCCUUGCAAAAGUGGUUUGAAUUUUGUGUGAUAGACCAACUUGUAUUUUGGCAUAUUUGUGAACUCAAAUGAAAAUAUCUGCUUUUUUUUAAUCACAAAAACAAAAAACUCAACAUGUAGGAUGAAUAUUCAGCUCCCCGUACUCUGAUAAAACUAAAACAAAUUGAGUCCGCCCAUGUGUAAUUUAGUUGUAGUAUCAACCCUGUUGUUCUUUGACAGCUUCAGAAAUUUAGAACAGAGGUUGGAGAACAUUAGGAAAUACAUAUUAUUGUGAAAACUAGGAAACUGCUUCUGUUAUUUUUUUUGUCUCUUCUUUGUCUUCUCAUUCCCCAGUUGGUCUUGACAGAUGGCCGUUGACACUGAGCCUGGUUCUGCUGAAGCUUUCUUCUUGUUAAAGGGGAGUUUUUCUUUCUACUGUCGCUACAUGCAUGCUCAGGAUAGCUGCAAAGUCAAUGAUACAAUGCAUGCCGAAUGUUAAUGACUUGAUGCAAUCUGCUAAUUUUCCUUAGAUAGAAAACAUUUAACCAAACUGAAUAAUAAACUAAGCAUGACGAUUGCAUGAUAAAUAGGAUCAAUUGGAAUUUAUGUAGUUGACUUAGAAUCUGUAUAUGACUUCUUUGAAUUGACUUGUUUUUGUGACAUGUUCUUUGAAUUGACUUGUUUUUGUAACAUGUUGUGAAUUGGUGCAAUAUAAAUAAACUUAAUUGGAUUAAAACACCACAGAGUAUUAUAUAUGGUAAGGUUGAGGAGAAGUUUGAAAUAGGGUGAGAUUAUAAAACCAUACUGUUGCACUUUUCAACCCAUUGCUCUGAAAUGGAAAGAAAAUGGCAUAACAUUAAAUGCAACAGAUUAUGACUUGCCACCUAAACUAACAGGCCAGGUAAGAAAAGCAUUAAUGUAGCUAACAGGCCCAUGGAGGAGCUUCAGAGAUCCACAACUCGGGUGGGAAAAUUGCACACCCCUAAUC